AUGCUCAGGAGGUCCAUUCCCAGGGGCGGUCGGAGUGCGCGGGCCCCCUGGCUCCUCACCUCUUCUCGAAUUUUCUGCCUCUGCCUCUCGGUCUUGUUGCGCCAGGGGGGCUUGCUGCAGGGGCACCCCCAGUGCCUGGAUUAUGGGCCCCCCUUCCAGCCCCUCCUGCACCUCGAGUUUUUCUAUGAGUCCUUCGGCUGUUGUGACCAGCUUAAGGACCACCGCACGGCUGCCCGGUACUGGGACAUCACAUACUUUGAUCUGAAGGGCCGCGAGCUGUGCGGCGGUUACGUUAAAGACAUCCUUUGCCAGGGGUGGGCAGCUCAGUCAGGGACUCAGAGCAGUUCAUACGGCUUCUUGUCAGCAGCUCUGGCAAAGGAUGCUGUUUCAGUUUGUAUCAAAGCAUGGUUUCUUUUUCUUUCCGGGGUCAUUUUGGAGAUAGAAGAACCAGCCUCAAAUCAUAGUGGUGGACAACUUUUUUUUGGCCUGUAUGGCUAUAAGUACAUAUUCACUGGGGAUGGAGGACAGGCUGGGGAUCCAUUCAGCAAGUUUGGAAAUGCUCAGAACAAAUCCACCCUCUUAAAAAUUUUAAGGGAGCUCUACUUUCUGACCACCUCUUACCUGAGCGCCUACACACCGCAUGGAUCCAUUUACAAAUUUGUUGACCCAUCGAGGCGAGCACCUCCAGGCAAGUGCAAGUACAAGCCAGUGCCGGUGAAAACCAAGAGUAAGCGGGUCCAGUUCAGGCCACUUGCUAAAACGGUCUUGGACUUGCUAAAGGAGCAGUCCAAGGAAGCUGCUAGAAAACUGUCCAAUGCAACUUCAGCUUCCAGUCCAGACCAGGCCUCAUCUCAGAAAGGCUCCUCCAAGAAGCUGGCUUCUCCCACAAGCAGUGGGAAGACUUUUCCAAGGUCUGGUGCAAAGCAGAGAGCCAGAGUGUGUUCCCCAGUCCCCCAGGGGAAGAGGAAGAAGAGCCCGAGACGCCCCCGAAGCAGAGGCAGCCAGUCGGCACAGUGGAGGCGAGCUGGCAGAAGUGUCCCUUUGCCUCUUCGGUCACGGUAG